AUGGAGAACCGCUCUCAUACACUGCUGCCCUCGUCACCGUGUCCUCCCACUUUUGAAGGGUCCCUACCUUUCUCCUCCUCGCCGCAUCAGACUUGCUCAGACGGCCGUGUUUCACUGCCACUUUCACCUAUUUCGUUUCCCUCGUCCCCGACCUCACUUUCUCCAGCAACUGCCGAGUCAAUUCAUUCUUCCUCGCCUCUUUCACACUGCACAGCCUCUUACUGCCUCGAAGGAUCAAACAUACAGGGCCUCAGCCCGGUGAACGUAUCUGACCAGGAUGACCUGACCUGCCUCAACUGGCUGCAUCAGAGGGGCAACCUGCUGCCGCUGAAGUCCCUUCAUAAAAUGACACCACUGCCUCAGCUAGAGUCCUCUGUACCGGCCCGUCCUCUUCCUCCUGCCUCGUCCAAGCCACCGUACUCCUUCAGUAGUCUUAUUUUCAUGGCAAUAGAAGACUCGUCUGACAGGAGGCUUCCAGUGAAGGACAUCUACGAUUGGAUUGUGAAUCAUUUCCCCUUCUACCGGACAGCCUCUGGAGGCUGGAGGAACUCCGUCAGACACAACCUAUCCCUGAGCAAGAGCUUUCGCCGUAUUCAAAGGGACAAGAGCCAGUCAGUGGGUAAGGGAUCCCUGUGGUGUGUGUGUUCAGAGUAUCGUCCGGCGCUCCUCGAGGUGCUGAGGAAGACCCACAGUUAUCACAGCACCAACAUCAAUCUGUUAAACAAGCCUGCACUGUUGGAGGGAGCUGAAUUUGUGGUGCCUGCAGUGUGCGACUCUAUUGAAGUGUCAGAUCCUCUCUCUCAUGCCCUCCUCCUCUCCACACCCUCUUCCCAAAUACUGACCAUCGACAAUCCAACUUUCUCUGACAACCCACUGUGCCCUUUGACCCCAGACCACGAGGAGCUUGUCACGAUGGAGUCGGUUGAAUACCAGCAUGGGGAGGUCAGUGAGGAGAUGGAAAAGGACCCCCUGUCAGACAGCGGGUACAUUGAGCUACACUAUUACCAGUCUCACCAGUACCAGUACUUGGUGCUACCGGGUGACACAGAGUUGGAUCUAGAGACUGUGGAGAUCUUUCAGCUCGAUGCUGAGGCCCAGGAGGCUGCUGGGUCACUGCUGGACCUGGCAGGCGGCGUAUAUUAAUGUUACAUCCCAUCUAACAAUCACAACUGAUAGAAAGCUUCAAUCCACCGUAAGCAAAUACUCCAACAAAGAAACAUAUACAGGGAUUUAUGUUUUAAAGGAGAUGUUGAUGCAAGUUGGCUGCUUCAUCCUGAGACGUUGACACUGCCCUAAGCUCUUUUUGUAGUUAGGUAAAUAAUAUAGAUAAAAUUGUUGAUGGACGAACAAGAAUAUAAAUCAGAUUUCUUAAUAUGUGUUCAGUCACUUUCAAUGCAAAAGCUGAAUUUACCAUGAUACAAUGACAACAUGGACAAAGACAAGGGGGAGCGGAGAGUAUUAUUUGAGAAUGAUCUUCCCUACAGUAAGUUUGUGUUUUUUUACUCACUACUUUUAUUCUCAGGGUGGAGGGACUGCUUCCAACUCAAGAAAAAGUACUUAUUCUCAAGUUAAAGUAAGAGACCAAAUUUUCUUUAUAAGAAGGUUUUUUAGAGGUUACUUUAUGAGAAAAAAAAUCUUAAGAACAAACUUAGGCUGAAUAUAUUGUCCUUAACAGUGUUAUUAUAGCCUGUUCUGAAAAUGCUGCCUUUUUAAAAGUAGUUGAGUAUAAUACCUGAUUUCAAAGUACUUUAAUUUAUAAGUAGUAGCUUUCUCUCAAAAGGUGGAACAGCACUACUCAAUUAGUCACACCAAUUUGUAUUUAUAAUUGAUAUAUUUUUACCUGUUAUCAUUCUUCUGAUAAUGUAUGAGAGAGUUGAUGUAGGCUACAUUAUGUUAUGUUACUAAAGUUCUUUUAAUUUUCCUGUCAGCUAAACUAAAUUGUCUUCAAUCAAGCAUAGUUUGAUUGGAAUUUUGAGGUAA